CUAUUGAAUUGCAAACGACAACAACAAACAAACAAAAACUUGUCGUAUGUUUGGCCACUGAGCCCAUACAUUCCCGAAACACAACCACCCGAGCACUGUUGGGACAGCCGUUUGGCCCAUCAAUUGGUCGACAAACUGGAGAAACUACCGGAGUAUCUGAGAGACACUUACGACUGGUUUAUCGGGAAAGCGCGUCGUAAGGACAAGGAUGUGAGUGCCGUCAGCUCAUCGCAAGAGGAGACCAAACAAUAUCUUCAUUCAGCACUGCUUGAGUGCACUACACCUGAGGACAAAUUGCGUCAAAUUGUCAAUUUGCCCGAAGGUGUCGAUUACAAUGAAUGGCUGGCAUCACACACGCUGGCAUUUUUCGAUCACAUCAACCUAUUGUAUGGCACGAUAUCCGAGUUUUGCAGUAUGUCUGGAUGUCCUGAUAUGACCGGUCCCUGUAAUAGGUCGUACUUAUGGAUUGACGAAAAGGGAAAGAGAUGUAAAGUAGCGGCGCCUCAGUAUAUCGAUUAUGUCAUGACUUUCACACAGAAGACAGUUAACGACGAAUCUAUAUUUCCCACAAAAUUUGAUAAAGAAUUUCCGCCAACGUUUGAGUCAAUUGUCCGCAAGAUUUUAAAGUUAUUAUAUCACGUGUUAUCACAUAUAUAUUAUUCACACUUUAAAGAGAUAGUUAUGUUGAGUCUUCACUCACAUCUGAACAGCAUUUUUGCUCACUUUGUGCUCUUUAACGAUAACUUCAAACUAAUUGAGGACAAAGAGAUCGAAGUGCUGCACGAUUUAGCCGUUGCUCUCAAACUGUUUCCCCCGUUGGUCACCGAACAGGACGUCGAUCCGAUGUCCAUCACUCCGACGUUGUCAUCAAUGGACAGCAUUGGCUUAGGGUCUGAACAUAGGACUCACUUUGCGAUCAACAGUGCAAUCAUUGAUAAUAAUAACGCCGUUAUAACGACUCAGUGCCGAAGUAUCAGUCCUUUAGUCGACACGACUAAUACAAAAUGUUUGCAAUUUUUGGAGAACUCAAGAAAUAGACAGAAAGCGCUUAACGAUAAUAAUAAUGACAAUUGCGUUGAUUUAAGUGUUAUUAAAGUGCCAGAAAUACGUUCAGUCAUCAAUCCAUUGGCUGACACGACAAACACGUUGAGCGCCGACACCAAAACCAAUAGUCAAUCGAUUGAAUUUAGUAGUGAUUUAAAGGAUAGCCGGCGAUCUAUAUCUGCCAGUGCUAUACUAUUAUCAUCAUCCGAUCCUUCCAUUCCAACCACAAUCAGCCGACGCUGUAAUUCUGAUCGAACCGCAGGAGGCAGUGGCAGAAUCAGUGGUCCCAGAAGUACCAUUGCUUCUAUAUAUCAUCGUUUUGAUCACCGCAAUAAUCACCCAUUAAGGGACAGAUCAUCAAUUGUUGUGAUGAAUGCGACACAACCGGUGUUUGCCGCCUGUGGUUCCCAUCCGUAUCAGUUCCAGUAGAGUCUUAUUAAGUCAAAUGGUUUAUAAUAAUAAUAAUAAUAAUAUGGACACUAAAUAAAUGAUAUGAUUGUCGUCGUCAUUGUUUGUCUUCAUCGAUGCCUUCACUGCACUUGUUCUCUAUAUUAACUACAAAACACUGUCAUUAGUCUGGAUUGGACGGCAUAUCUCUUUCAUUUGUCUGAUUGAUUGACCAUUCAAUCCAUAAUUAUUAUUAAACACACAAAGUCUUUGUAGAAUUGAAUUCUUCAAACUUAUUGGUUAUAUAUUUUUAGACUGAAUUAGUGUAACAUUUUGCUGACAUUUAAAUUGUGUGAACACACUAUUAAUGAUUUUCAUUUUUGUUUCUUUUUUUGGACAAAAAAAAAGUUUGUUUAGAGCACACAAUAACAUAUAAUAAUAGAUAAUAAGUUUUUUUCUGUUAUCAUAAUACGGGAUCCAAUCAAAUGUCUUAUUAAAAAAUAUUUUCUUAGUAUAUGAAAGAAAUAAAUAUAUAUAUAUAAAU